AAGGAAGUCGUUUCAUUUGUUCUUCCGCCCAAAUCUCAAACACUAUACUUUUUAGUAAUUUCGAAGGAAACCCCAUACGAGUCUGGAUCUCUUGAUCUCGAUCCAGAUUCACCUUACUUUGUGUAUCUUCGUUUUUGAAUUCUAGAACACCUCGAAGAAAUAAUUUGUAUUCCAGAUUUAUUCGAGGAAGAAGACGAACCCUACUUGAUGAUUUUGGUGGAGGAGAGAUUUGUUUGAAGAAGCUUGAUUCUUUUUGGUAAUUGAUCCGAAAUACUCGGUUGCAUCCGUAGAUCCGCUGCUUCCCUCGAUCGAUUUUGGUGACCUUUAGUAUUGAUCCCAUAGAUUUCUUGGACUAGAAAGGUGAAGAAUCAGCGUUCUGGGGAUUGUGCUAUUGCUUCGGUUAUGUCAAGGUGAUUGAAUCAUAAAAAAUCAUUCCUUUGUGAGGAAUCAGAGGUUGCUAUGAGGAGUUGUUUCUUCUGGUUUUCGAUUGGGAUCGGGACUCUGGAACUUGAUUGAAGAAGUGUGGGUUUUGUUUUCUACCUAAUCUGGUUUUGCUAGUGAUUAAGCAAAAAAAUGAAGUUUUGGAGGGAACGUGAGAGAGAAAGUAAAGAGCAGAUCUUAGCGCCAUUAUGUGGGCAAGUUCGAGUACUAGUAGUUGGUGAUUCAGGUGUGGGAAAAACAUCACUUGUACACCUCAUCAACAAAGGUUCUUCUAUUGUUCGCCCAUCUCAAACGAUUGGAUGCACAGUUGGUGUUAAGCAUAUAACUUACGGGAGUCCAGCUAGUUCUUCCAGUAGCAUUCAAGGAGACUCAGAGAGGGAUUUCUUUGUUGAACUCUGGGAUGUAUCAGGGCAUGAGCGAUACAAAGAUUGCCGCUCACUGUUCUAUUCACAAAUCAAUGGAGUUAUAUUCGUUCAUGAUCUCUCUCAAAGAAGAACAAAAACAAGUUUGCAGAAAUGGGCGUCUGAGGUUGCAGCGACUGGAACCUUUUCAGCUCCUCUUCCCUCGGGAGGUCCUGGUGGUCUUCCUGUUCCAUACAUUGUUGUUGGCAACAAAGCAGAUAUUGCUGCAAAAGAAGGAACAAAAGGAAGCAGUGGAAAUCUUGUUGACGUAGCUCGUCAUUGGGUCGAGAGGCAAGGUUUGCUCUCCUCAAGUGAAGAACUUCCUCUCUUUGAAAGCUUCCCUGGUAAUGGCGGUCUCAUAGCGGCCGCUAAAGAAACCAGAUACGAUAAGGAAGCUUUGAACAAAUUUUUCCGGAUGUUGAUAAGACGAAGAUACUUCUCAGAUGAACUGCCAGCAGCUUCACCGUGGUCUAUUUCUCCGGUUCCAACAUCAUCAUCCCAACGGUUAGACGACAUCACAAGUGAUGACGAUCAAUUUUACAAGCGAACAAGUUUACAUGGAGGAGAUCCUUACAAGUACAACAACGCGUUGCCGCCACUUCCGGCGCAACGAAACCUAACUCCGCCUCCUACGCUCUAUCCGCAGCAACCGGUGUCUACUCCUGAUAUCUACCCUCUCCCGAGAUUCUCUCUUUCGAGCGUUCAAGAAACAACCAACAAUGGCAGUGCCAGAUCGAAGCGAAUGGAUAUCAACGUUUGAAAUCUCUUAUCGUUCCAAGAAUGCUUUUAUGAAUCUAUGUUGCUUUUGGAUCUAUUAUUCUUUUAUUUUGAUUUUUCCUAUUGGUCUUCUUCGUUCUUUCGGGUUUGUAGGUGGUAAAGUGAAUAUGUGUGUAAAUUCCACACUUUGGAUUCCACUCUUUGGAUUCUUCUUAUAGCAAAAUUCUUUGAAUGUUCUU